CCAGUUUCCCUGAUAGUAAACUCAUCUUUUUCUAGCGACUUCAGCUUUCUCUCAUCUUGGCGGCGAUUGCAUCUCCGUUUCUCCCGUUUCCGGCGACUCUUUCCGAAGUCCAUCUCAUCUUCUCCUUCAUCAACUUGGGUUGUCUUUCUCCGCGGCUCCGUCUAGUGGCUGGCCGUACGUUCACAGUCAUCAGUCACCGCGUCACGCUUACUUUCCACUUUGCAGCUGGUCUGAUUGAAGGCGAUGAUGAUGGACCGUCAGGUUCUGUGUUUUAAUCGCAGCAUCAGUAGCUGCUUUAUCCAACGACAGUUUCAUUCGCUCGUUGCCGCCCCGAAAGCCCGAAAUCUAUUUCUCCGGCGAGGGUUUGCUUGUAAGGGGAUAACUUGCUCAAUGAAGUCUUAUAGGUUAUCUGAACUAGCCCCACCUGAGGUUGAAAGCCUGAAAGCUCGUCCUCGAAUUGAUUUUUCUUCAAUUUUCAGCACGGUCAACCCUAUAGUUGAUGAGGUUCGUAAAAGAGGGGAUGCUGCGGUUAAGGAGUAUACUGCAAAGUUUGACAAAGUUGAACUGGAUAAUAUAGUUGUAGAAGUAUCCGAGCUUCCAGAUCCUGAGCUUGAUGCAGUUAUUAAAGAAGCAUUUGAUGUGGCAUAUGACAAUAUAUAUGCAUUUCAUUUUGCUCAGAAAUCAGCUGAGAAAAGUGUCGAGAACAUGAAGGGUGUCAAAUGUAAACGGGUGGCAAGAAGCAUUGGUUCUGUGGGUGUUUAUGUUCCAGGAGGAACUGCAGUUUUACCAUCAACAGCUCUGAUGCUUUCUGUUCCUGCACAGAUUGCUGGGUGUAAAACUGUUGUUCUUGCCACUCCCCCAAGUCAGGAUGGCACCAUAUGCAAGGAAGUACUAUAUUGUGCUAAGAAGGCUGGUGUAACUCACAUCCUUAAAGCUGGUGGCGCGCAGGCGAUAUCUGCUAUGGCUUGGGGUACGGAAUCUUGCCCAAAGGUUGAAAAAAUUUUUGGCCCUGGAAAUCAAUAUGUCACUGCUGCAAAAAUGAUUCUCCAGAACAGCGAAGCCAUGGUUUCAAUUGACAUGCCUGCGGGCCCUUCAGAAGUUUUGGUCAUUGCUGACAAACAUGCCAGUCCUGUUCAUAUAGCUGCUGAUUUACUUUCUCAGGCUGAGCACGGCCCUGAUAGUCAAGUUGUUCUUGUAAUUGCUGGGGAUGGCGUGGAUGUUAAAGCUAUAGAAGAGGAAAUCAGCAAGCAGUGCCAAAGCCUACCAAGGGGAGCGUUUGCUUCAAAAGCACUGAGCCACAGUUUCACAGUGUUUGCUCGGGAUAUGGUUGAGGCAGUCUCUUUUUCAAACUUGUAUGCACCCGAGCAUCUGAUCAUCAAUGUCCAGGAUGCAGAAAAGUGGGAGAGUUUCAUUGAAAAUGCAGGUUCUGUAUUUUUAGGGCAGUGGACACCAGAGAGUGUGGGAGACUACGCAAGUGGGACGAACCACGUCCUUCCAACAUAUGGUUAUGCGAGGAUGUAUGGUGGCGUGGCUUUGGACUCAUUUCUCAAGUACAUGACAGUGCAGUCUUUGACAGAGGAAGGCUUGCAAAAGCUCGGCCCAUACGUGGCCACCAUGGCUGAAGUUGAAGGACUAGAGGCGCACAAGAGAGCUGUAACCCUUAGACUUAAGGAUAUCGAAGCCCGGCAGGUCCUAACGUAAGGUGAUUUUCGCACAGGACCGUUUGCUAAAUUUGUUCUCCCCCUUGGGGCAAAUUGCCGUUUUUCGGAACAUGUACCUGCUACUAUUGAAAAAUCUGCAAUGGUGGAAUUUUGAUUGUUGUACUCUAGAGGAGAAAACUGGUGGGUGGAAUACCAUUAAACGUUGUUGUA